CUACUCUAGUUCAAGUUCGUUUUUUAGUUCGACCCUCACUGUAAACGUCUCUUUGAACACAGCACGAGAAUUGCAGGCUGAAUUACUGAGAAAACUGAUUGGUGCACAUUGAUUUCACAGACGAUCAAAUUCAUCAAAAGAAAUUCUACCUGACAUGUAUUUUCCCAGGCUUGCAGCUCGUAUUUGCGUAUGCUUACUAAACCACAGGGAUAGAAGACUUGUCAGGAGUUAUAACCAAACUUAUCAGUAAAUAUUGCAGGGGGUCUAGCAUAACGGUGGUGCGCCAUGUUCCACCCGCGGGAGGUGGCGCCGCGCGCCCGGUGCGCCUGCUCCACGUGCCGCUGCCUGGCGGUGUGCGUGGCGUUCAUCCUGCUGUGCCUGGUCGCCUACGUGCCGAUCAUCGUCAGCAUCAAGCCUGGUGGUAUCUCAGAGAAGGCUGCGAAACCUGUGCCGCUGUUCGACUGGGGCCCGACGGUCGACAGGAACGUCAGCCACUACGUGCGGCCGGGCCGCAACACCACGCUGCUGGCGCCGCGCCGGCACGCUGUCGACUCGUGCCGACCGCUGCUGCUCAUCGUCGUCAUGUCGGCCAUCAGGAGUUUCCAGGCCCGCGAUGCCAUUCGGCAGACGUGGGGCGCGCGGGACGCGCUGCCGGCCGACGUCCGACUGCACUUCCUGGUGGGCACCACGGCCAACGGCUCGCUCUCAGACAACUUACGUGCCGAGAACGAGGUCCACGGCGACAUCGUCCAGCAGGACUUCGUCGAUGUCUACAGCAACCUCACCAUCAAGAGCGUUAUGAUGCUCAAGUGGGCUACUGUGAGCUGCAAUCCGAGCUUCAUACUGAAAGUCGACGAAGACAUGUUUAUCAACGUUCCAAAUUUGGUUUCGUACCUUCGUGAGGACAAGCAUGCCUCACCAGAUCUAAUUCUGGGCUGUGUCAUCUGUAACGCAGUGGUGGUGCACGACCAGUUCUCUAAGUACUACUCUCCGAGGUACAUGUACGCCCGGCCGCGGUUUCCCAUGUACGUGUCGGGCACGGGCUACGUGCUCGGCUACCGGAUCGCCGAGCGGAUCUACCGACAGGUGCUGAGCACGCCGCUCUACCAUCUGGAGGACGUGUUUCUCACCGGCAUGGUGGCCAGCCGGCUCGGCGUGCUGCCCACCGACCACGCCGGCUUCAGCUAUGUCAAACGCAAACUGGACCCGUGCGAGUUCCUGCGCGUGGUCUCGGCGCACAAGGUGUCGCCCGACGAGCUGCGCGAGGUGUGGCGCCAGAUGGCGUUGCCGGACGUUCAGGAGCGCUGCCGGGCCGCCGAGCCGCCCAAGCCGCGAGCCCUUUCCAAGUGUAAGCACUGACCGGCAGACGACGCAAGGUCAGAUGUCCGUUGGCCUUUUCAGACCAGCUGUGAUACGCGGCGACGCUUCCCCUUGCCGAGGGGCCCGGAACGGCUGAGCUGAGAGUGCACCGGCUCCAGGCUUCCCGGGUUUGGCCACCUACUGGCCAACUAUAAUGCCAUGUGAGUCACUAUUUCGUGCUGAUGUUUGGAUCUUUGAAGGUUAGUGAAUGCUAGAUGAAGAACAGUCACCUGGUUGCUAAUAUUCAUCUGAGCAAAGUGUCGUCGAUAUGUUUUGUAAAAAGGUGCAGAAAAUGGAGGUGCUGACACACAGUGCUGUCAUGAAAAUAGGUUGACUGACCGAUUAAAGCUAGGCUAUUGGUUUUCGCUUAGGCGUGUAUGGUGAGCGGCAGAUUUACACAUCCUUCUGCGGAUGUAAAGACAUCAUGACCGUUUUUAGUGAUGAUUUUUGUCCUUUCGGACGACAUGCCUUACACCGCACAGUGAUUGGAGUUAGCGCAAUGGUUGGACAGGAGCGUACCACUGGUCACGGGGGUGAUUUGUCCUUCAUGGAUCGAAGUGGCGAGAUGUCGAUCUAUGAUACCGAAAUAUUGUGCCUAAUUGUACAUUUAUCGCCAUUCCGAAGGAAGCUUGAAUUAUUGUAAUGGGUUUAGUUUAUCCGCAGGGGAACACUUGGUAGGCUUGCUUGAAGUGCACGAAGGUGUCGUGGCGUGAUGCGGCCCGAUGAAGGGCUUCCAUGUCUCGAAUGUUUUGUCCAUUUGCUUUUUGGAAAGGCGAAAAGUUCAUUAUCGUAUUCAAAGUCACCAGCGUUAUUCUACGUUGUAUACUCUUAGCCAUGCCAGUCUGUCCCUCCUUGCUUGCGGAUGUUACCUAUCAGUCGGAUUUGUGUGCUUGUGUGUGUUGUUGGGUAUCAAAUAUCAAUCAAUUUAUUGACACCGGCGGCAUGACAGCGUGUGGAGGACAUUACUGCUCUGUGACGAGUUUGGUUGUCAUGCUGGGUGGUAUGCUCAAGUUAAUUGUUCUUUAGGUAUCUGUCCUGGUACUAACUACUAAUUGAUGACAAAAUAAUGUCGAGACAUUGACUAGUUUUGAAACCUCCUAACUUCCUUGAUUGUAUUUGCUCGUAAGCCAACAUUUGCAUGUGAAUCGAUAAUCUAUGAUGCUGCUGUGGUUUGCGUCGUACUAAGCUGAUUAUGAGAGUUUACCUACAGAGUCUAUCCAAUGGAUGAUUAUACUCAUCUAUCAUCUAAUUACUAAAUGAAUGCUACCCAACUGCUCUUACCUCACUGCCAUGAUCUACCUUACGUCGUCUUCCUGAUUGUUUCCGCUGGCGUUUUCGAUUUCUGAUGUUUGUGAGUGCUCGCGACACUUAUGAUGCUUUGGCAGGGCUACGUAAUAGCGCGGUGCUUCGCCAUGUUCGAACCGUCAAUUGAAGACGGCAGUCAUAUAAAUCGAUUUAUUGACGUGGUAGGCACGCACAAUUUUAACAAAUGCAAGUAGAGCUUGUCGCCAAAGGCCUUAGUAGUGCUUAAUGUCGUUGAAGAUCAGCCUAGUCAGUUUCUUUCAACGAUGACGCAGAGCAGAUCAAUAUAAACCCGGGCGCGAUUGUCCUGCUGUGAAACAUUGCUGUAAUUCGUCCUGCCCUUGAGGAUCGGUGAUGAAUACAUUUUCAACAGCUUA